AUGGACGCUUAGGUUGCUUCCAUAUCUUGACAAUUGUAAAUAAUACUGCUGUGAACAGUGGGGUGGAAAUCUGUUCCCUUCUUGUACUGUACCUUUGCAUACCUUAGAUUUUGUUCACUCGUGAAUAUCUGAGUAGCCUCCAUGUGCAGAGUCUACAGAGGGAGGGAUGAAAGGUUAAAUCAGAUUUUGUUCUUGGGCUCACAGGCUGUCAAGGGACUUUAAUAGAAGAUAGAAAAUGAAGCUAAAAUUCUGUAAGAGAACAAUUACAUUCAAGUUGCAGGACAUUGGGAAAGGCUUUAUGAGAGAUGACAUUUGAGCUGGACCUUUAAGGAUGAGAUGAAGGACAUUCUAAAAAGGAGAGACAUGACCAAACUAGACCUUAUGGGGCAUGUACCAAUAAACACCAAUUCAUUCGACUUGUCUGGAGGGUGGGGUGGGAGGAGGGGAGUAGGGGGACGUGGUUGGAAAGAGAGGUUGGGGUCAGACUAAGGAGUUUGGAUUGUAUUGAGUGAGUAAUGGGGAGCUGAGAGUUUUGAGCAAAAGGGUGACCUGAAUCUAACUGCGAUUUGGGACUAUUAACCUAAGAAGAGGUACAGCAUGCUUUUGUCGUUGCCGGGGUGGGGGAUAUGUUAGAAGGUUUUUGAGUGAGAACAGCAAGAGCCAGUGAGGAUCUGACUGGGUGCCGCUUCAGCGCGAAGAGAGUGAUGGACAAGAUCACCGAGGUGGAGUCAACAGGAGGCGAUGCUCUUUGAAGGCGGGGACCAGGUCUUAAUUGUAUCCAGAUUCCACAGCUCUGAGCAUGGGGGCUUCCCACAUAGAUGGUCACAGCACGUUUACUGAAUGAACAGGUAUAACAGGAAUUCACAGGAUAGGGAGCUCAGUGCUGUCUGAACUAGGGAGGGCUUCGUGGAGGAAGGGGGAUUUGGUUAUACUUCUGGUCUCCCUCUUCUAAUACUUCCCCUCCUACCACUUUACAAUUCUGGGUGGGUCCACUUUCUAAUCUAAAGGUAGGGUGAGGGGGCCACGGGAAUUCUCUCUGAGCUGCCCCAUCUCCUGGCUGAGGGCACUAGCACUUGAGUAUCUUGACCACCCCCCAACCCUACGUGACCCUAAGGUGUUGUUUUAGUGGCCCUCACCUGACCAGCCCACCUUCUGCAGCACAGGCCGAUGGCCAACUGUCUCAGAGUGGGCUGCACCUGGGUGGAGUCACCCCUGUCCCUGCAGGGUCUGUGCCUGUACUUUGGAAAUCCAGUGUUGUCAACUCACCCAGAGGUGUUCAGGCCCUGGAGAUCUGAUCUAAAAAAGAGCAAAUCCACAGGAGACAGAUUAAUAACGAAGGAUGCAAGUAAUUUUAAUUUAUAUUAGAGCUACACCUGGCCUGACACCCAGGCUGGUCUGCUGUGGAAACCACAUUAUGGUGUCAAGUUUCUGUAUUUUUUGUUCAAUAUAUUUAUAAAGUCAGAGCGUGGGAAUGAGAGGCAGCUCUGGGAGCUAAUGCACAGGGCAGUGUGAUCAUUCAACCAGUAGAAGCAGCAUUUCAUGGCAACUAGUUAGAAAUGAAAUUCUGGACUCCUACCCACUCCAGCCGCAGGCCUAGAAACUCUGAGACCGGUGCCCAACAGUCUGUAUUUUAACAAGCACUCCAGGAGAGCAUGAUGCACACUGAAGUUUGAAUACUGACUUACAGAAACUCUUCUAAAAAACGCAGACCAGCUGUCAAAAAUUAGGGCACUCUUCCCUGAACAAAGCUUGUUUAAUACAAGCAUCUUCCUCUCCAAUCCAUUUUCCAGACUCUUUCUGUUUGCCUUGGGCAUUAACUCUUACUUUAUGAGAUCACAACUUAUCAAUUUAUAAGAAAUUUAUAAUCCUUAAUAUAUUGGUCUUACCCCUGCUGAGAACCGAGGGAUGCUCUUCCUGUCUUCAGCACAAGUUUGCAAACUGUCUUAAGGUCAGGUUACUUCAACAAGGAUUUCCACAAUAAACAAUGCCAUAUAUUGAUUUGACUUCUUGUUACCUUAAAGUAACACUUCCUAACCUUGCCCCAAAUUCUACGGGUGCACCUUACUUGGAGAAGGUAUCAAUUUACUUAUGUUCUUAUUAUAUUGAUUGACCACACUUUUGCUUGGAUCAAAUACAUGGGCAAAUCAUUUUCUCCCUCCCUCCCAAGAGAAAAAUACUAAGAAAAGAAACAAAAACAAAGCAUACACACAAAGAAACAAAACUGCAGAGUAAUUUCUAGUGGGAAGAAUUUCCGGGCUUGUUGGACAAAGAGUGAGGUGAUUGGGAAAUGCAGAAAAGAUAGAAAAUAAAAGUUAAAUGGCAUGCAGCAUAUUUUACUUUAUAUUCAGAGAUUGACAGGUUUUCCAGAGCAAGGCUCGGUGGGUUGCAGAUGAGGAAAAUAGGUCCUAGAUUGAGUCGUUCAUUCAAGAUGCCUCAGGGCCUGAAUUAGUGAUGGAUUUACUCUUGCUGCAGAGGAUCCCCAGCUGGUGGCUGAUGCGCAAGUGAAGACUGGGCGUGGCAAAGAGGGCUUCAGAGCACUCUGCGGAGGAUGCUCGAGUCGCGUGUCUGCUGGGAAGGUGGGCCCCAGGGAAGGACGAGGAGACCCAGGGUCCCCAAAGGGAGGUUUGGGGAGGGAGGUGGGGCUUUUUUUUUUAAGGAAAUAAAAUUUUCCUGAGGUCUAUUUGUUCUGAAAAACUAAUAAAGUUUAAAAACCCUUAUUGAUCCCUCCCACCCCCCUGGCUUUUCCCGGGCAAAAUGUAUAGUCACUUUGGGUCCAUUAGAGGUGUUCAAACGGCAAAUCAAGUGCAUACACUUGCGAUUACCCGGCAAUGACGGACCUUCUUCCCCCAAAGCUUCGAAGUUUCCUGCGCGUUUCCUUUAUUAGCUCCCUGACUGGAUUGCCCCAGCACCCCGGAGAGGGGUUAGGGUCCCACCGUGCCGGCCCUGCGCGUGGCCCGCGCCGCUCGGCCCAGGCCCGAGGGUCGCCUCCACCCGAAGGGAGCCCGUCUGGAGGGCCCCGCGGCGCGUGAGGCCCGGCGUCGACUACCGCGGCCCAGGAGGGGGCGGGCACCCCGCUCCCCCCGGGAGACCCCCGCGGCCGCCGGGGCGGGUGGGCGCAGAAGGCCGCGGGCCGCGGGCGUGCGGUCCUUCGGGCUGCAGGGGGCGCUGUGCGCGCCCUCGGGCAGGGCCGCGAGCGCAGCUCUUGUUUAAAGGGCCGGCGGGGCACGUGGCUCGGACGCAGCUCGCGGCCGCCCGGCAGGAGCUCCGAGGCUGGGCGGCUCAGCUCCGCCUCCGCCGCCGCGCCGCGCAGCGCCGCGCCGGGCCCGACAAACCGGGCCUGAGGAGAGCCGCCCAGAGAAGGACGCGGGCAGCCAUGGCCGAAGAGGCGCCUGCCCCGGCUCCAGAGAGAGACAGGCAAAUAGGGGAUGAAAGGCCUUUGACGCCUUCUCCAUCACCCCAGCUGGCUGCUGAGAAGAGUUCAUACCUCUACUCCACGGAGAUCACGCUGUGGACGGUGGUGGCCGCCAUCCAGGCGUUGGAGAAGAAGGUGGAUUCCUGCCUGGCCCGCCUGCUGACUCUGGAGGGGCGGACAGGGAAGGCCGAGAAGAAGCUGGCCGACUGCGAGAAGACGGCCGUGGAGUUGGGGAACCAGCUGGAGGGCAAGUGGGCGGUGCUGGGGACCCUGCUGCAGGAGUACGGGCUGCUGCAGAGGCGGCUGGAGAACGUGGAGAACCUGCUGAGGAACAGGAACUUCUGGAUCCUGCGGCUGCCCCCAGGCAGCAAGGGCGAGGCCCCCAAGGUGCCCGUGACCUUUGAUGAUGUGGCCGUGUAUUUCUCUGAGCCAGAGUGGGGCAAACUGGAUGAGUGGCAGAAGGAGCUGUACAAGCACGUGAUGCGGGGCAACUACGAGACGCUGGUCUCCCUGGAUUAUGCCAUCUCCAAACCGGAUAUCCUCACCCGGAUGGAGAGGGGAGAGGAGCCUUGCCCUGAAGGCCCAAGGGGCCGGGAGGAGGGGAGUGACAGAGAGGAAGCACGCCCAAGGAGGCUGGGCGCUGGCCUUCCUCCAUAUCCAGAGCACACCUCCAGCCCAGUCAGCCCUGCCCAGAAGGAGCCAAAAGAAGGUCAGGCCUCCAAGCACCAGCAAGACUCAGAAACAAGAGUAACCCCACCCGAAACGAGCACCGGACCACUAGCCAGCACUAGCGUUUUGUCCUCGGUUAAACGGGAGGAAGAAUCUUCAGAUGGGGAGUCACCCACCUCCCCUCCCAGGGACAUCCUGCCCGGCAUGGGGCCAGGUGGUGGCGGUAUGGUCAUCAAGACGGAAGCACAAUCUGAGGACGAGAUGAUGCCUGAGCAGCUCUACCUUGGGGAGUCCCCGAGCCAGCCAGAGUGUAGACUCCCCAAAGGGCCCAGGAGCAGGACCGGGGGUUCUGGCCGGCCUCACUCGGGGGCAGCGCCCAGGGUGCGGGCAGGGGACCCUCUGCCACCGGGGGCACCGGGGAAGGGGGGCGAGCCGCCUCGCGUCCUACCCCGCCGGCGAGAGCGGGCCUUCCCCUGCCCUGACUGCGGACAGAGCUUCCGCUUGAAGAUCAACCUGACCAUUCACCAACGGACCCACGCGGAGGAGGAGCAGCGCGCGGAGGCCCGGGGCGGCUCGGCCUCCGGGGCCGGGGGACGUGCCCAGCCCGCGCUGGAGCCGGGGGAGGUGGUGGUGCCCGGCCCCGUCAUCCGCUGGCUCCCAGAGGGGCCCGAGGGCCGCCGCUGCUUCGUGGGGCGGAGGCCGGCGGCCGCCAAGGUGUACCACUGCAGCGAGUGCCUGCGCUUCUUCCAGCAGCGGAAGAGCCUGCUGCUCCACCAGCGCCUGCACACCGGCGACAGCCAGGGCUGGCCCGCCUGCCCCUACUGCGGCAAGGCCUUCCGCCGGCCCUCGGACCUCUUCCGGCACCAGCGCAUCCACACGGGCGAGCGGCCCUACCCGUGCCCCGAGUGCGGCCGCGCCUUCAACCGCAACCACCACCUGGCGGUCCACAUGCAGACGCACGCGCGCGGCCAGGGCGGCCCGCACGUUCCGGCUCCCCCAGCCCGCCUCGGCAGCCCGCCGCUGGCACGGCCCAGCCCCUCCGAGGAGGGCUGACCGGGCAGGAGCCUGCGGGGCACCCCCUGCUCCAGGACCACCUCAACACCGGCGGAGCCCUUCCACUUGUGCCUGAUGCUGUUCCUCCUUCUGCGAUGGCUUUGGAGAGAUCUUUUUACAUGGGAAGCAGUGGCCUUUUUGAUGACAGAGUGUAUGCGUGCCAGAUGCCUCAGUUUCCUAAGUUUGUCACUCUGCUGCCUUUUCUACAUUCCUGACUUACACAGGGGCCACUAAGGCUUAGGGGAUGCCAAGCUUUGGUGGGGGCCUUUGACGGGUACCGUGGACAGGCAACAGGACCAGAGGCCAUGGCCUUUCUAGUAGGGGGUGUUCGAGACACGGAGAGCCUGGGGUUUGAUUUUAUACACAGAGGUCUUGGCCUUCUGUCAACACGAGAAACAGCAGAGUGGACAGACAGCCUGAAGAAUAGGCACUGGAAAUUUGAGUUUUCUACUGUUAUUUUGAAACUUUUUUUUAUGGAGAUUUUCUAAGUGCUUCUGUAAGUAUUGUGUGUGGUUGUAAAGGGGACCAAGAACUCCUGAGGGGCAGGGAUGAUUCUGCCACCUCCUUGUGUAUGGGGGUGGCAGAGGGACUGUCCAGACCAGCCUGGGAAUGCCUGUUGAUGGGGGUGCCUUGGCUGCUGCCCUGGAAACCAGGUGUCUUCCCAGGUGUGUGUUCCUUGGCCUAGACUGAUUCCCAGUAUUCCUGGUCCUUUCCCCAGUGGGUGUUCACAUCCAUGAUUGACUUUGGUAAUCAGCUGAGAGCGGGGAACUGCAGCCUGGAGUGGAUGACAUUUCCCCCAAGGUCUCAGUGUUCACGGGUGUGCACGCUCCAUGGACUGGACCCCACCUGACACCUGGGGGGUGGGGGAGGUCAGGUGCAGAGCGGGCCCAGGAAGUUCCUCCCGAGAGGAAGAUCCUGGUCUGAGUGAGGCUGGUCAGCCCACGUGGACUGUGGGGUUGCCAGGCCUGAUGUGUCACGUUAAAGGAGGGGGUUGUCUUCUAGAACUUGGGGCUCAUGGCAGAGUUAGGCCAGGAGAUCUAGGGGAAUCUUUUAACCACCUCCGUCCUCGUGUUACUUGUCUGUCGAAGGUGGUAAUGACCCCAGUGCAUCCUACCUCACCUUAGAGUUGUCAGGGUCAUAAUAGAUUUAGAGGCAGCGGGACAAAUAGGAAGCCUGAUUUCGACCUUCCUUUCAAGUUCAGGGCCCCCUUUCUCUUUCAUGUUGAUCUUCCAGCCCUCUUCCCAGUCAGAAUCACUCAAGAAGGACCUUUAUUUUCUGGAGUGAGUGGAAGGUCCCACGGGUGCAAAGUGAGGUAAGACUUUCCCUUUGGGCUAUAUCCGCCUGGAGCCUUUUGUACCUCAGUGGAACAAAUUCUCACCAAAGCAGUGAGGUUCGAACUGUGGAGGUUCGGGCUCUAGUGUCGCGCCUCAUGGAGAAGUCUCGGUGGCACCUAGCUUCUUGUGCCUCUUCAGUCACACCACUUUGGGCGCUCCCUAUAAACCAGCCCUUGGUCUGGGUGACUUUGAAGCUGGAGUGAUGGGUCCUCAGCUCUUCUGAUUGUUGUCUUAUUUAUCUGGCACUAUGUGAAGUGUCCAGUGUUCAGGCCUGCUUCCAGGUGCCUGGGUCCCUGGCUGUGCCACUUCCUCUUGCCCCCCUCUGACCCUCAUACCUCUCCUAAAGUCCUGAACAGGGUUGGGGGCAGAUGGAAACAUCGCUGUCAUCUCUGGGGCGAGAGUAUACGCGUCAGUGACUGCUCAGCCAAGCUCCUCUGGGCUUGGGAGAGGCGCCCCCCUCCCCUGCCAUAGAUCCUGCUUGUCUGCUCUGGUAUCCCCCAGCUCUUGCCAGGGCCCCGCAGUCAGGGCUGGGCUGUCAGCAAGUGCUCAGACAGGAUGUGGUGCUAGUGAAGCUGCUGAGAGCUUAGCCCUCAGCUGCAAGAGCUAGUCUCAGGUGUUUCCUUGGAAGGCCUCAGGGCUCAGAGUUUCCAGGCUUUUCUAAUGCUUAAUGCCCUGUGUAAAUACGCAAACUCUUAACAGAAGCAGUAAUCACUGUGCAGUGGUGCUCCUCUUCUUCCAAAGCAUUCAAUGUGCCGGGCUCCCGGCUAGGCCCUGUGAGUUUGCCUGGCACUCACUAGGUGUUCAAAGGACAUUCUUUACACUGAGGCUGCGUGACCUGGGAGGCUGGAGCCUGGUCUGACCCCAGUCUCACUCCCAGCUCUGGGUCUCGGGUUCCUCAUUUGUAAAGCAAAGUUGGGGUUCUGGUGUUAAAAGGCCCGUUAAGAACUGUGACAGUGGUGAAACCUUGGCCCCAUCAGUGCUCAAUAAAUAUGUUGGACUCUGUA